CACGGCAGGAGGCGGCGGGGCCCCGCCGGCCCCCGGGGAGCCGCGGCGGGGGCGGAUGGAGACAGCGGGCACGGCGGCGGGCUGGGUUAUUUUCUUCCAUCUUCCUUUCAUCUCUGGAAGCUCCAUCAGUAUUGGGAUAGGCAGCAAUUAUUCCAAUCUCCCCAUCGCCUCGAACCAGAGCAGCGCUUCCAGCGCCUUCCCGAGCGCCUCCCGAUGGUUUCUCCCACGGCGGCUCCUCGGCAGAGCUGAGAUCCACCUGCAGCGAGGAGCUGCCCCCAGGCUGUGAUUUUGACUCCUACCUGGACAUCCUUUCUCAGGUGAACAUCAUGUAUCCUGAUCCACCUCCAUGCUACGACGAAUGUGUGGGGCCAGGAGCAACACAGAUAUAUAUUCCCACAGAUGAUCCCCCUCCAUAUUCCCUGACGGACCCUUGCCAAAGAAUUGAAACACCUGGAAACAUCUAUAGCAGGCAGGAGGAGGGGGCAGCCCGUGCCGCAGGGAGGCUGCGGGAACCCGGC